UCCAUUCCCCUUUAUUGUUUAGAACUCAACUAGCACUAGGACCACAGCGGAGUCUCGAAGUCAGGAGAUCCCUUGAUUCAUUCAAUCUCUCUUUCUCUCUCACACACACACAAACUGCAACAAGGGCAGAGGAACAAGAGAAGUCGGGGAAAGAGCUUUAAAUUGUAAAGUUUGAAUUUCCAAAGCAAUGGGGAAACGUGGCCGGCCGAGGAAAGAACUGAAAUGCCAGGGUGAUGUAUUGGAUCCUUUAGGUCCGCAGCAAGAAAUGCCAGCAGCAGAUAUGUCCAGGUGCCCAUUCAGUGACAUUUUCAACAGUAGUGGGGACUCCAUGGAAAAGAUCAACACUUUCCUGCAGAAUGUGCAGAUCUUGCUAGAAGCGGCCAGCUACUUGGAGAAAAUCGAGAAGGAGAAUAAAAAGUGUGAGCAUGGCUAUGCCUCGACCUUCCCCUUGUUACCAAGCCCUGGACUGCAGGAUCCAAAGCCAAUGCGGAGGCUGAGCCGGGUGAGGAAACACAGCAGCGGGGGCAGCAGUACAAGCACUGCCAACAGGUCUACACACAACGAACUAGAGAAGAACCGACGUGCUCACCUACGCCUGUGCUUAGAACGUUUAAAGGUUCUGAUACCACUAGGACCAGACUGCACCCGGCACACAACGCUUGGGCUGCUUAACAAAGCCAAAGCACACAUCAAGAAACUUGAGGAGGCCGAGAGGAGAAGCCAACACCAGCUUGAAAACCUGGAACGAGAACAAAGAUUCUUAAAGAGAAGGCUGGAACAACUGCAGGGUCCUCAGGAGAUAGAACGAAUACGAAUGGACAGCAUUGGCUCAACCAUUUCCUCUGAUCGCUCGGAUUCAGAGCGAGAGGAGAUUGAAGUGGAUGUUGAAAGCACAGAGUUCUCCCAUGGAGAAGUGGACGAUAUCAGCACAACCAGCAUCAGUGACAUUGAUGAUCACAGCAGCUUGCAGAGUAUUGGGAGUGACGAGGGUUAUUCCAGCGCCAGCGUCAAACUCUCGUUCGCUUCCUAGAACAAAGUGAGACAUCAGUGCAGGGCGGAUUAUUCCACUGGAGUAAUCUGAGUUCAGACUGGGUUCUAGAUGCAGUAUCCUCUUUUAGAAAUGACACGUCAACAGCUAGACCCGAACAGACCUAUAUAUAUGUACCCCCUUGGGCAAUAGGAGGCCUCCAUAGGAACCCAUGUAUGUCCAUUGGGUCAUGUUGCAAAAUCCUGGUUUUCCCCUAGUGUAGUGAGACUGAACCCUGGUCCUUCUGAAGUCAGUGACAAAACUCCAUUUGGCUUCAGUGAGACCUGGAUUUGGCCCUUACAUGAUGAAUUACUUUGCUUUGAUUUUGUUUAUUUGAAAGAGGAUACUGGAGAUUCAUCUCUCUCUCUCUCUCUCUCUCUCUCUCUCUCUCUCUCUCUCUCUCUCUCUCUCAAUUUGUCAUGAGAUCUGAGAAAUGUCCAGUUUUUCUCAGACUGCAUUCAGAUAGAACAACUCGGUUUAGACCCUUCUGGAACUUUCCUGGUCCUGAAAUGACUCUGUCCUAAUAUUUGAUCACCAUCAGGCAUUCUAGUAACAUAGCAGGAAGUCACAGCAGCUUGGCCAUGAAGACGUAUCACACAACCUAUGAAUAAUAAUAGGUGUUCAGUUCAUGCCCAGAGAGAGAGGCAACAGUGAAGAUUGUUCAGGAGAAAUCACCAUUCAGCUCAACGUUCUAUUGGACAUCAUUUAAAGCAAGUACCUCUAUCACACUGCUAGCACUAGGGUACUAAACUGUAAUCCACCAGCACGUGGCGGGCUGCAUUGUGGAGUCCAACAGCAGUGCUCCCCUGGAGAGAGAGCGAGACAGACAGACACACACACACACACUCUUGAGGACAGAAAGAAACCAGCGUGUGGAAAGUCAUGCCCAGAUACUGAGCCACUAUGACCUUUUUUAUUUAAAGAUCUUUUGAUAAACGUUUGUAAAUGUGUUGGGAGUCUCCAAAUGUGACAUGUCUUUUUAGAGCUUGUCCAUAUGAAAUCUUCGAUGUCUUUUAUAAUGGAUUAACGCCACUGAAAAGGUAUCUGGUUUGAUGCAGCACUUGACCUGAUGAAACACACGAAUGCUCUUUGCCGUGCACAAAACAAACACGGUCUGUGCUGGCUUGGAAAGGUCAGGGUUGCUGGGUUUUUUGGUUUCCCUUUUUUUUUUUUAGUCAUUCCCCUUGCAAACUUUGAAGGCACCUGAUCCCCUACAGUAGUCACAAUUCAAUAGUUAACAUAGUUAAGCUCAGCACUUGUCUCAUCUUAAUGUAACAUUUGCCCUGCGCACAUCCCAGUGCGUAUCCGCUAUCUCACCUGUGCAGGUGCUGUUGCUAUUGAGAGCUAUUGUAUCGAAUAUUUUAUAAUUUUCUUGGAGGUGAGAUUUCUAACCUGCACUUUGAGGGCUUUGCUUUCUUGUUUUGUCUUUUUUGUUUUUCAAGUUAAAAACCUUCUUACAGAGACCUCACCAAUGGCAUUGUUUGAAAUUUUGUAUACCUUUAAGUAAUUUAACUACCCCCGCAUUACUAAGGAAAAAAAUAAAAGGAAAAAAUGCUUUAUAAAAUUCGUAACUUAUUGCUGAUUUGAAUGGGUUGUUAAUUUCAGUCCUGUUGAUUUUAUUUUAUUGUUUUUAGGUAGGGCUGGGCCAAAAAAAAAAAAGAAGACAACCUUAUUUAGCAGUGGAAUUGUGUUUAUAUGUUAGAAUAUGGUCCCACAUUAAAGUAGCACUUUAACACCAUUAAACAUUUCUGAAUCUGAAAUGAAUUGUGUUCCUCAGUCUUGGUUGCUCAUAUGACUUUAGCAUACACAUGUUCUUUCUUGUGCCUGGAGGGGAAAAAAGUGUAUUCCCCUUUAAUCCCAUGAUAAGAAGAUCCUGAAUCAUUCUAAUGUAGAUUUUUGUCUAAUUUCUGUAAAUUGCAUGUGUUUGAACAUUCCUAUGUUACCAAAUCCCCCCUGUGAUAUGAUGUCAUACAGUAUGAGACACACAAUCCCUUCUUCAUGGAGUGGAGGAAUAAUCUUUCCAUGCUUUGAUGGCUGUCCUCAGCAGCGAUACAAACCGGCCAGUUAAUGGAGUUAUUCCUUUAGCUGAAUUGGUUGGAGCUUCUUUGUUUUAUUUUCAGGCUGCAUAUCAUGGAAUUGAUCCUCGAUAACAAUUCUAGAACCUGUAUGUAGGCAGCUAUGGAUUGUUACAUGUAUUUAUCAGCUUAAGUCAAUGGGGCUACUCACAUUAGUAAGAAGAAAUCAAGUGAGUAAAGAUUGAAGGAUCACGUGUGAACUGAUAAUCAUUGACUGAGCCCCCACAACUACCAAUUUUUGCCCAUACUAGAAUGAUCAACAGCUGGAAUUUAUAUCUGACACUGUUCAAAUGAGCUCUGAUAGCCACCAUUUUGUGGCAGUCUCACUGCAGCAAUGAAAUGGUGGAAAAGAACAGAGGCUGAUCUUCGGUUACUGUCGAUGGAAUCUUGUGGUGUUCAGCUUCUCUAGAGAUGAGUCCCACCAUUCACGAUCACUAGGGAACUCCAGCCAUCCUGGACAACCUCACCUUCUGGUUCUUCCUCUUUGGCUGUGUAUUUUUUGGAUCAAAAAGUACACGUGGGCGAUGGUAAAAAGGUUGCUUGGCAAAAAAAAAAUCAAAUUUGAGAUAUAUAAAAG